UGCAAGCGCUUUAUCUCCGCGGUACGAAGCGAAGUCACCUACCGGUCAGAAGAAGUGACUCGCUCUGUGCGCGCGGAGCGAAGAAUUGCAGACAGACAUCUGGAUUGGUAGGACGAAACGGAUACUGAAUUUCGACUACUGUAUUAGCUGAAUGUUAGGUUAAUCAUCCUACUUUUUCCCUAUCCUACUGAAUCUUCUGUUACUGUUUUCGGUCCCCGGCCGUUGACAGUCUUCACCUAUGCCUUCCGACUCUGACUUAUCGGACGAUGAUCGGAAACCUAAGAUUGGACCUAGCUCCAACUCUAUUGAUCAGUCCUUGGACGCCAUCGAGAAUCAAUUGUCCUCAAUUUCAGUCAGUCAACCCGAAUCCGAACCCGAAUUCGAUGAUGCCAAGGAUACUUCGCCAUCCAAUCAGGAUAAGCUCGUGAAUGGAUCGUUGAAUGAGAAUCCCGGAGCUGAAGAGCUGCCUCGUAUCAAUGUGGCGGAAGACUUUAGCUCUUCGAGUGCCAUGUGGAGGAACAAUUCGGAAGAAAUGGAGGCGCCGUCAAGUCCUAGUAGUAGUGGCUAUGCGGGUGAAAGAGGGAGUAGUAACGCCAGUAGUAGGACCUCUGGCAUUGAGGAGGAGGUCGAUGGUGAGAUUCUCGAAAUUGGGAAUAGUGAUUCUUUUGACGGAGUUUCCGACUCUCAAGUGCAAUGGCUUCCUGGGAAACGCCACGGCAGUGAGGAUGAUGCUUCUAUUUCAUGGAGAAAAAGAAAGAAGCACUUCUUUGUCUUGAGUAACUCAGGAAAACCGAUAUACUCAAGAUAUGGAGAUGAACACAAGCUUGCUGGAUUCUCUGCCACUUUGCAGGCCAUCAUUUCAUUUGUGGAGAAUGGGGGUGAUCGAGUCAACUUGGUCAGAGCCGGGAAACACCAGGUUGUAUUUCUUGUGAAAGGACCUAUUUACUUGGUUUGCAUAAGCUGUACAGAAGAGUCAUAUCAGUCAUUGAGGGUACAACUAGAGCUCCUCUAUGGUCAGAUGAUACUUAUUCUUACGAAGUCUGUGAAUAGAUGUUUCGAGAAGAACUCUAAAUUUGAUAUGACUCCUUUGCUUGGAGGAACGGACGUUGUCUUCUCUUCUCUAAUCCAUUCGUUCAGUUGGAACCCAGCUAGUUUUCUCCAUGCUUACACAUGUCUUCCACUUGCUUAUGCGACAAGGCAAGCUGCUGGUGCCAUCUUGCAAGAUGUAGCUGACUCAGGGGUCUUGUUUGCCAUAUUAAUGUGUAAACACAAGGUUAUCAGUCUUGUUGGUGCACAGAAAGCAUCACUUCACCCUGAUGAUAUGCUAUUGCUCUCCAACUUUGUUAUGUCUUCUGAAUCAUUUAGGACAUCAGAAUCCUUCUCACCAAUAUGCUUACCAAGAUACAACCCCAUGGCAUUUCUACAUGCUUAUGUGCAGUACCUCGAUGUUGACACAUAUUUAAUAUUGCUUACUACAAGUUCAGAUGCCUUUCAUCAUCUUAAAGAUUGCAGGGUUCGUAUUGAAGAGGUACUUCUGGAGUCCAAUGUACUUGGUGAAGCUCAAAGAUCCAUGGUUGAUGGUGGCAUGCGCGUUGAGGAUUUACCUACCGAUCAUGGUUCUCUUUCCGGAGCAGUCUCCCCUCAUCUGGGUCAGCCUGGACAUACUAGAGAGUCAUCAGACAGAUUUUCUGAAGCAUUCAUAGGUGUUGGUGGUCCUGCUGGACUUUGGCAUUUUAUGUAUCGAAGUAUUUAUCUUGACCAGUAUGUCUCAUCCGAGUUUUCCUCACCAGUAAAUAAUAGACAACAGCAGAAAAGGUUGUAUAGAGCUUACCAGAAGCUUUAUGCAUCCAUGCAUGAUAAAGGAGUUGGACCUCACAAAACUCAGUUCAGAAGGGAUGAAAAUUAUGUUCUGCUGUGCUGGGUUACUCAGGAUUUCGAGCUUUAUGCAGCAUUUGAUCCCCUGGCAGACAAGGCUCUAGCUAUAAAAACUUGCAAUCGAGUGUGUCAGUGGAUCAAGAACAUAGAAAAUGAGAUUUUCUUGUUAGGAGCGAGUCCUUUCUCAUGGUGAUGUUCCCCAUCUUCGCUUCUUUACGUGUAUUCUAUUUUUCUUUUUGAACUUUUCUUUUCUCAAAUUCCUUUAAUAAGUUAUGGCCUCAUUUUUGUAGGCCUUCCAUUUUUGUGGUUCUAUAUUUAUAUCUUGGUAAUGAAUGCCAAUUGUAGUUUAAAGUUAUGGCAGUCAAGAUUUGAGUUGUCUCACUCCAGGCAUCAUUUCAUUUUAGCUUGUACAAUUUAUGAACUUUUGUAGCACUAUCUGUAUCAUCAAUUCGUUGUAAUUCUACAUAAUCAUCUGAUGGAUUACUAAAGACAA